UGCGGCGCAGCGUGUAGUAAGGGGUUGGAGUGGUUUCCACGGCCUGCAGAUGUUGAACUACCCUAGUUGAACGUUUAUGCACUCAUUUUUUACUGUUUGCGUGCAUAGCCUACAAUCACGGCUGCAGUGCUUUGGCACAGUAUAACUAUGAAGCGUGCCGCUUGCAGCCUGCCACGUUUACUUGAAAGGAGGCGUACAUGCAACUCUUUUUUGUUGGCUAGUCGUUCUCUCACACACGCCAAGGGCGCUGAAGUGCAAGACCAUGACCCGCACGAACAAGGUCCACUGUAUCCCGGCCACAUACCAACAACUUUUGCCCAGAAAGCUCUCAUAUCAGUUGGUUCAGCGCUUGCCGCUAUAACGGACCCUUUUAGGGACGACAUGGUGGCUGUGUUUGGAGAAGUAACCGGAGCGUACGCUUUCCGAGAUUUGCACAGAAUUAUGUCUGAUGACGAGGAAGGACGACAGAUAUUAAGAGACCGGCCGAGAAUCAACACUCGCACGGUGGACUUGGACUACCUCAGCAGCCUACCUGAUUACACUUUCGGCUACACAUACUAUCGGUUCCUUCAUGACAACAAUGUGACACCUGACUCGAGACUUCCUGUACAGUUUGUAGACGAUGCUGAGCUGGCUUACGUGGCCCAGAGGUAUCGUGAGGUACAUGAUCUGAUCCACACACUUCUCGAAAUGCCAAUCCACAUGUUGGGUGAAGUGACUGUCAAGUGGGUUGAAGCUAUCCACACUAAGCUGCCCAUGUGCUCAACUGGUGGACUUUUUGGAGCAAUGCGUCUGAAGCCAAAGCAACGCCGAGAUUACGUUAAUGUUCAUCUGCCCUGGGCCCUGCGUGUGGGAUUCAAUGCCAAGAACCUAAUGUGUGUUUAUUAUGAGAAGCACUGGGAGGAACCCCUUUCCGAGCUGCAGAGAAAAUUGCGAAUCGAGCCCUUUCCUCGGCAAACUUUUCAUCGAACCGUUGAAGAUGGUAAAAAACAGUCUUGAAGAAAGUAUGGUUGGGGAAGAUGUGAAUGUACUGUUGCAUGAACACAACAGCAGCAGCAACAAAGAAUAUGAAUUAUUCUCUAUUUUGCCUGGCAUGUCUCUAUCCAGAGCAGAUCUUGAAGAAAAAUAAAUGCAUUAAUGUUUCA